AUGACGAGUUUCGCAAGUUCCUUUUGGUCAUCCGAUCAGAGUUAUGCCGGAGGAUUGGGAGUCCUCUUUGGCAAGCUCCAGCAGGGCGUGCAGGAGAACCAGCAGGUCCUGACUAUUGCGCGCAUGCGAGCUGAAGCCGAGGAUCUAUAUGGUCAACGUCUGGCCGACAUCGAUGCUGCUACUAUGAGGGUCGAGGGUGGAUUCCAGAAAGAUGACGGUGCCAGUGUCAAGAAGGCCUUUGAGGGCAUGCGCUCCGAGAUGAGUGAGGCGGCCAAGAACCACCGCAAGAUAGCAUCCAACAUCCGCGAGCUUGUCGUCAGCCCCUUCGCCCGUUGGUGCGAUGCCCACGCCGCACGAGUCCAAAACUCACAGGACGACCUACAAGCCCGUAUCAAAGCCCACGACCGACAGGCCGACUAUGUCCGUACCUACCGCAGUCAGUACUACAACAAGUGCCGCCGUGUCGAAGAUCUGGACGAAGAAGAGAAGCUGGCCUUCCAGGACCCCCAGAGCGAGGCUGCCCAAAGUCCUAAGCCUGUCUCGCAAAUUCCUGUCGUCAAGCUUGUUGAACCUGAAGAGGAGGAUGACGAGGAACCUAUCGAUAUUGGUGACCAAACAUACACUCCCGAACAAGUCAAGAAGAUUCUCAACCACAUGCUCGAGACCAUCAAGCUGGGCGAGACAAAGGUCCCUAUCCUCGGCACAUACCACAAUGUCUCGACCGGAGCCGACAUCACCGACUACAUCCAGAAGCACAUGGGUGGCACCAGUGUCAGUUACGCCGAACGCAUCGGCCAGGAUAUGGUCGGCCACGGGUUCCUGAGACUUGUCGGAAAUGUUGGAAGCACUUUCGCCAACAGCAGUCGCAUGAACUACCAGUGGCGUCCUAAGGUCUUCCAGCUCACCGGCCUUCCCGAAAGACGAGGCUUGAAUAGAUCUGCCACUGUGUCCUCGGUCAGCUCGAUCCCAGAUUCGCCUGCCGGUGCUGUUGGCGCCGUUGGAGAACUCUUCUCCGGAUGGAACCCAUUGAACAAUUCUCAUCCGGGCGAAACUCCUGCAGCCAAGUUGCGCAGAGAAGCCCGCGAGGCCGAUGAACGCUACAAGGGUGCUGUGAGGAAACUCGAUGCUCUUCGUUGCAAUCUCGAGGAGGCCAUGGUCGAUCAUCUCAAGUUCAUGGAGCGUUGUGAGCUCGACCGUCUGAAGGCUAUCAAGAGCGUCAUCCUGGACUUCUCUGGAGCGAUCAGCAAUGUCAUUCCUAGCUUGCAAAGCACUGUCGACAACAUGAUGCUUUUCCAGGAAACUGUUCAGCCGCUGGGAGAUCUGCGCUAUCUCUUGGAGAACUACAGGACUGGUCCGUUCGUGCCCAAGGUCACCAUUUACGAGAACUACUACAACAAUGUUGAUGAGCAGACUUUUGGCAUUGAUAUCGAAGCUCGCGCUCGUGCUGACAGAAAGCGCGUUCCUCUGAUCGUUACCACAUUGCUGACUUUUCUCGAUAACCACUACCCUGAGCUUGAAGGCGAUGAGGCCCGUCGCAGCAUCUGGCUCGUAGACGUCCCCUUGGCUGCUACUCACCAUCUGCGCACCAUUCUCAAUACCGGAAAAGACACAGUUUCUCAGGAUACCCUGGACCGCUACGAGAUUCCGAUCGUUGCAUCCGUUCUGAAGCUCUAUCUGCUUGAACUUCCCGACUCUCUGGUCUCUGCGCAUGUCUACGAAAUCAUCAAGACAAUCUACACAAGCACAGCACCAAACACCUCGGAAAGUGCACGCAUGUCUGUCAUCCAGAGUACGCUCGGUCAGCUUAGACUUGCUAACAUUGCGACUCUGGAUGCCAUCACGACACAUUUCACACGUUUGAUCGAGCUGACUUCGGCCGACGAAGCAUAUAUCACAGCCCUCUCUACUGCACUUGCACCCUGCAUCCUUCGUCCCAAGCAAGGAAACACCCUAUCACUCAACGAGAAGUUCAACUACAGACUUGUACGCGAUCUUUUUGCACACAAGGACACCAUCUUUGGAGAGCUUAAGCGCCAAUCCUCAUUGACCCACACCAAUUCUGGCGCAUCGAGACCUCGUGCUAUUAGUACCGACGAGAGCAGACGCCGUGAGCACAUGGAGGAGCGUCAACGAGCCAUCAUCGCAGCCGCCGAAACUCGUGGUCGCGCAUCCAGUCCUUUCAAGUCCACCUUUGGCGGUCCUCUUGGAUCUAUGCACAAAAGAGAGCGCAGCUCAGGCCCAGAGACAAGGUUCCCUGUUACUCCUUCUGCAUCAAGCACUCCCACUGCCGAUCGUCAUAUGAACCGUGGCAGUCUGGAGGUGCCUGGCUCUCCAGUCCGCGCUCCUGUUUUGCUGCAGUCGCCGCCUAAGGGUAAUGGUAGGACCGACUCUUUGCCAUCUUCUUCCGAUUCUGCCGACGCUGCAGCUCCCAUCACUCGUCAACGCAGUGAUACUACCAACUCUGUCAUUAUGACCCCUGGUGCCCAGAUCGAGGCUCCUGACUAUCUUGCUCACGCUCAAGAACAGCAACAAGGCGACGAAGCUGGCAGCGAUGCCGAUUUCAUCGGCCCUGAGCCGAGCUCGGGUAUCAGCAACAACCGUCAAUCUGUCGAGGUUGAGAAGCGCAACUCUCUGAAUCGAUCGAUGGGACGUGUUGCUCGCAAGGGCACCGCAAGCAGUCUGUCGCGUCAAAGUUUGAUCGCCAAGCGCGAGAGUGUUAGUAGCGUAGGCACCACAUCGUCAGGUGCUGCAGCCGCACCUGGAGCUGAUUUUGUUGACAGCCCCGUUGACAUUGCAGAGCGCGCCGAGGAAGAGGCAUUGGCCCACCGCGGUGUCGAACUGACAGACAAGCCGAUGGAUGAUGAUUAG